AUGUCGACUUCUCCAUCAGAUGAUUCAGAUUCUGGCGAUGGGCCACUGGUUAGUACCUUUCUUAUAUAUAUUUAGUUAUAGACAAAACAAGACGUCCCUUUAGAGGAAAACUGUAAUUUCGACCCUAAUCGAAUUUUUAAGGCUCCAAAACAUAUAUCUUCCGAUUCGGAUGAUGAAGCGAAAUCGAGACCAGCAAGGAAAUCGAGAUCCACCAAGAAAACUAUUGAAAGCGCAGGUUAGAUCCUACUUUCCAUUUCUGAUUUGAACGAAAAACUGGGAAAAGUACACAUUUUUAGAUUUUUUUAAACUUAUCCUCUCAUUACUAUAAACUGAAAACUCGACUUAAAAAUCGAUUCAAAAUUCAGUGUAAUCCAAAAAUAUUUGCAGGUUCUUCCGAGUCCGAUUCUGAUGUGGAAAAGACGGCUAAGACAAAGUUGGAGUUUUUUUUUUUCUCAAAAUACGUUUUCUGGAUUGCUCAAGGCGAUGAAAAUCUAAAUCAAAUGCUCUGUAUCUUUGUACAACCCAGGAAAUGUUCACCUUAUUUUCAACUAGAGAGAUAAAUUAAUCUUCUUCUUUUCAGGAAGAAAGUCAAAGGCAAGGUUUCGAAAAAGACGCCAGUCCUUUCAAAAAGAAAGCACCAGUCAUCGGAAAGUAGUAAUGUAAGUAUAAAUAGUUGAUUCAGCAUUUAUUUCACACAAAAAAUGAGGUCUUUGACGAAAAAACAGUCUGGAAGAUUUGUUGGAAAUUCAAGGACAUUUUUGAGAGUCUUACGGUUUUUAUGAUAGAUUUGGCAUUUUUCUACGAUUUUCUGUUAAGAAUUUCAGAAAUGCAAACAGUUAUGAAAUGCGGAAAUCUUAUAGAAUCGAAAAAUCGAAUAAUUUUCUGUAAUACUGCAACUUGUUGAAUAUUAUGAAAGCUUUAUUUUUGAAGAAACACUCUUGGUAUUAAUAGAACGAUACAGAAUAAAAAAAUUUAGGACGAUUUGUUCGAAGACGCGGAAGACAAGGCUCGAGUGAUGGCGAUGAGCGAAUUCGACAAGGAGCAGGAGAUUUUCAACCGGAUGGAGAGACGUGACGUCAAGAGGGCCCGCGAGGAGAUUCAGAAGAAGUUGGAGGCGAAGAACGCGACGGAGAAGGCGUCGACGUCUUCUGGGAAGAAGAAGAAACUCGACAAACGGAGGAAGGUCGACAGCGACAGUGAUCGUAGUCCGUUUCUCUUGAAUUCGUCUGAAAAAUGGCAUUUUUUAUCAGAAAAUCGAAUGAAUUUAGAAGAGUUUACUAAUCAAAGUUUAAAAAAUAGUGCAUUGGAAUCACUUUUUCACCAAUUUUUCUUGAAUUUUUCGUUUUUAUCGUUCAACUUUUUUUUUUCUAACGAGCCGAGAAAAUUUCCAAUGAUUUCUCGUACUAAAGUUGCGUAUCGGAUUGCCGUUUGGCAUUUUUAUUUCCUAUCCCAGGGAAAAUGAACCAGAUAUCUCAUUAUUUCAUCUAUUUUAUUAUUUUAAUGCAUUGUUUCUUUUGCAGGCAAAUCUCCUCCCGUCUUAAAAUCAGGUUCAGAAGGCUCAGAAUUGGACGCCGAGUUCCACAGACCCAGUGAUGUUUGUUCAAUUUUUCAAAACUAUAUUAGUUCACUUUUUCAGAUGUUCCGGAAAAAGAAGGAAAAAGACGCGAUGGCCGAAUUGAAGCAGAAGAGAAAGGAGAUGGAGAAAAAGAAUGGUGAGUAAGUGGAAGAUGCGGUUGAGGGAUCACUUGAGGGAAUUAGCAAAUUUUCUUUUUUUGAACUAAUACAAAGUUUUUUUACUUGAUUAUCGAUAAUUUCAAAAGUAUUAUUGCUUAGUAUUAGAAAAACGAUGUUUUUCCAGCUUUUUGUCAUUUUUCUGGCUCAAAUUUUCACUAGAGCAACUAGAAUUGUGCUGAACUCUAGGAGAAGCCUGUGCAAAGUUUGAGAGAAGCAUGUAAUGGUACAUAAUUGAUUUUAUUUUAGAGAAUUUUGAAAGAAAAGUCGUCCUUAGAAUUAUUUUUAACGUUGCUUCAUUUUUGUUUUUAUGAAAACUUUGUGAUAAUAUUUAUUGAAAAGCUACGAUUUUUAUGAAACUAUCAAAAAUAAACAUUUUUCCUUUGUGUUUCGUUUCCAUCGCUUAAGGUAUCCGUUCCAAAAAUUGAAAAUUAACUUCGCUCAUUUUUUUCGCUUUCUCGCUGGGCUGGUCGAGAAAUCUGAUUGAAAUGUCAUUUCUAAAGGACUUUAAAAAAUGGACUGUCGGUUCUUUAGUGACCUGAUAGUAGUCUGCGACCGUUUUACGUAUGAAUUCAGCCUUCAAAGUUUUUUUCGUAAGAAAAGUUGCAUUUUCAGCGAAAAACGCGGCACUUUCCAUCGACGCAGUUUUCGGGAAGCAGGACAGCGGGACGAGCUCGUCCAGCUCCUCAGUCUCCUCCCGCUCCAGCAGUUCAUCCAGAUCUUCCUCUCCCGAUUCUCAUGUCCAUGAGCAAGAGGAUAAGGUCGUCAAGAAGGAGGUUUGUUGCCAUUUUCGUGGUCCAAAAGAAGUUGCCGAUACCUUGAUCAGUUCAAAUAUCUCGAUUUUUAUUUUUGGUACCUAAUUAGUGUAUACUGUGGAAUAGUUUUAGUAAUGAUAAGAUUUUUUAUUUCGAACUAGUACUAUUUUAAAUUUCUCGUAAAUUAAACCAGAAACAAGGUUAGCGUUGUGGGAAUACAGAAAAAGGAAAAUUUUUAGGUUUAAAACUUAAUCGGUUUUCCUAUCACCUUUUUUUUUGAUGUGUCUAUUAAUGGUUUUUUUUUUUCAAGGUUGACAACAUCGGAGAGCUCCAACGAGCCCGUCUCUCUCGCUACAAACUCAAUAGAAUCGUCCAUGCGUCGUUCUUCACCGAAACCGUCAUCGGGUCCUACGUUCGCGUUGGAAUGGGACCCCAAGCCGGCGAAGAGAGCAAGUAUCGAGUGAGCAGUAGAGCGAAGUUGCAAAAAUUCAUGGAAAGAGACUAGAGAAAGAAUUAAAACCGUUAAAAAAAAAACUAAAAAACGGCUUUAAGAUAGCCUCAAAAUAACACUCAGAAGGAUUCGGAACAGCUAGGAUAUGUAAUUUGAAAAAAGCUUCCAAAGAUUUCUGAAUCAGACAAAAAAGCGCAGAAAAGCAUAAAAUUGAGAUUUGAUAAAAGCUUCGGAAAUGACAAGAACCGAUCUGAAAAGAUCAGUACCUCAUAGCCCAAAAAGAGUUUCAAAAAUAUUCUUAAAAUCAGAUUCGAUUUAGGUUAUUUUGUCCAGAAAUAAAUCUAAAAUAGCGUUGCAUUCUUGAAAUUCGAACUUAAGUCAGCUUCCGAAUGCCCAAACUCACCUCAAAUCCAGCUUCGAAACACCAAAAAGCUAGAUUUACCUUCAUUUAUUCAGAUUUAUCAAGUGCUCGACGUGUCGGAAGGCAACAGGCCGUACCAAAUUGAAGACAAACGAACGAAUAAAAUACUCAAAUGCAAAUUUGGUGAGUUUUUGAGACAAACUGGAGAUCAUAAUACAAAUUUUGAUGUUUUAGGAAAAACAGAACGAAUGAUGCAAAUGAGAUUUAUGUCGAAUGCCCCAUUUACCGAGGGAGAGUUCCAGGAAUGGCUCCGGGCCGUCAAAAAUGAUGUGAAUUUGUUUUUGGAACAAAAAUGAUGGAGAAUUAUUGUAAAUUGAAGCAGUCAGUUCAGAUUUAUUUGAAAAAAAAAAACGAGAAAGUCAGCUUUUCGUUUGAAUUAUGUCUUGCUAGAUGUUUUUGGAAGCAUAAAAAAGGUUGCAUCUCAAAAAAACCUAUUCGAAUGCAUCUUUAAAAUGAAAAUGAACUGUGAGACUUUCCAGGGCGCCGUUCCGACGAUGGAUCAGAUCGAAAGGAAAGAAAAAGAUAUCAACCGGGCGAUGAAUUACAAUUUCUCGAAUGCUGAAGUUGAUGCGGUUUUUAUCCCUCACUUUUUUCGGAAUUUUCAUUCUUCCUCCAGAUAAUAAAAGAGAAAGGCCGAUUCGAGAAGGUUCCCAAGAACUUUGCGAUGAUCAAGGCGGAUCUGGCCAAGAAAAAGGUUUGAUGAAAAACUUGUUUUGGUGGAAGAUUCAAUUUCUACAGGCUCUUGCUCAACAAGCUGGAAACGUCCGAGAGGCGGAGGAAAUCCAGAAACAGAUUGAUGAAAUCGAGAAGAAGGCCGAUUCUUUGGUGCGCUUUGAAAGGGGGACUUUGCGGAAAAAUUGGUAGAAAAGUCUUGGAAAAAGGGAUAUUCAUUUUUGUUUUCAACCUUUUUCAGUGCUCUUCGUGUCUUUGUUGUAAUUUCUCAUAGGAGAUGUCGAUAGAAAUUUUGAUAACCUUGAAAAUCACAGAGAAAAAAAAAGUUUUUUCUUUUUUUUUAUUAAUCACUCAAAGGCAAAGUCGGAAGGACCCUCCGAGGGUUCAUUAAGGCUCCAUAGAAAUGUUCCUUUCAAGGUGAUGAAGGAUUCCUUUUUGCGCCAUUUUCUCAGCCCAUAUGCACCCUUUUUGCUGCCUCUCUCUUUCUCCACUAUUUCUCGAGUCUUUGAAAUACCAGAAAAAAGGAAGGCUCGAUAAAGAAACUCUCUUUGUUGCCUUUUUUUGAGCUCCUCCCUUUUAGCGGCUAUUAUAAAACAUUCCGACUUUGCCCGAGCUUUUGUUUAAAAAAAUAUAUGUUUUCGAAAAACUUGAGGAAGUAGGUAUAUAUACAUAAAUUUCUUUGAAAAUAAUCUUUUUCUACCUUUUUAAAUUCAAAAAAAAUAUUUCAAUGCAUAUAUAUAGUAAAUUCUCAAGAGAAUCAAUUUCAGGACAAGGCCAGAUCGAAGAACAUAAUGGGCAUCGCUUGGGUCAACCAACGGAACCGCGACAAAAUCAAAAACGAACUUUUGAGCGGCCGCGUCAAGUUCGAAGCCGUCGCGGCCGACGAUCCGUUCACGAGGAAAAACGAGAGAAUGAAGGUGGAAAUGGGAAGAAAAACGAGUAGAUUAUCAGAAAUUCCAGGUGGUUUCCGGCACGAAAGGAGUCAAAGAAAAGGAUCCGUCGGCCACGCCCACUGAUCAAAAGACUCCUCAGCCUUCCAGUCAGAUUUCGAAAUAUAGAAAGAAUUCGAGUGAAAUUAUUGGUAGCGAAAAUUGGACUUUUUCCACUCUUCUAAACGAUUCUCGAAGAGUUUGCUUCGUUUUUUAGCAUUGGAAAACAGGUUUUUCACUAGUUAUUCAGCAGAGAGAAGAUUUUAAAGUUUGAGUUUGAAUCGAAAUUUGAAAACGAUUGAACAGGAAUUCAAUAAUAUUUUUAUCUAAAUCCUUUAUAAAGUUCGAAAAAAAUGUUCUAAUUAUUGAAUUUUUCAGUGUAAAUAAUUCUUCAUUUUUUUCAGGUUCGAACGGCUCAGCGCUCUCGGCCAAAAAGCCCGUGAUACCGAAGAAAAUUCUACCCCAUCGAAAAUCCGACGAUCUUUUUGAUCUCCAUCACAAGGCUGGCACUAUUGAUAUCAACGUUGAUUUCGGUGAGGAUCAGCAAUUUUCGUGAAAAUUCAAGACAAAUGAUCUAAAUAGCUCAUUUCUAUUUAGAAUUUUCACUGUUGCCCAUGUGCUUCUUUUUCUUCUGCCUUGUUUGGGAUUUCCUAAAGAACCUUUAAAAAGCACCUUGAGGAAAUUUUUAUAUGAAAUUGAAUACGUAACUCUCUACUCAGCGUAAAUUAGUUCCCCACAGUAAAUAUUUAUAUUCCUGCUUUCAUUCAGAACUUCCAGAAUACCAAAUUCACACAUCCGUGUAAGAAUUUCAAUUUUACCUGGUUUAAGCUUGCUCUCACCUUCAAGAAACAUGUGUCAUCUUUCUUGGCCUUCGAUGACCUUUUCAAAACAUCCUUUCCCAGGCCAAUUGAUCGGAAGAGUCGAGGAGCCGCCAGACAUGUCAUCCAUACCCGCCUACAAUAAUCCGCCGCCGACAACUACAGUUGAUACGGGAAAUAGGUGAGAUUUAGGGAAAUGAGUGACCUGAGACCCUGAAUAGAUGGGUAUAGUCACAAGCUGCUUGUAGAAAACGGGAAAGAAGGAAAAAAAAUCACGAGUUUUGGAGGAUAGUGAUAUAUUUCACAAUAUAAAAACGUUACCCUUGUCAACUUUUGAAAAUUACACCUUAGAAAAAACUUUCAGAACGAGUAGGUUUCAAAAUAUCAAAAUUGAAGUUCUGGAAAACAGAUAAACACUGAAAAGAAUGUUCAAAAUGGAUGUCAUAACUUUAGUAGGAGUGGAGAAAUUUGAGAAAAACAUUUUUAAAAAAGCUGAUUUCGUAUUGCUUUUUUCAUAUUUCAUUAGCUGAUUUGAAACUGUCCGACAGUUUGCUCCCUUUCUUCCUCUUGCCAGAAAACGAUAUAGAAACCCAAGUAGAAAAAAAAAGCGUGCAGACUGUCAGAAUGACCUGAAUCGACGAUUAGAGCAAUUUUUCUAUGAAAAAAACGGUUUCGGACACUUUUUCAACACGAAAAGUUAAUAACAAAAUUCUCAGUAAGUGAAAUUGUAGUUGCAGAGGCCUUUCGCUGGAAGAGUAUCGACAACGACGAGCCGCACUCCGAAAGGCCCAAGGAUUGGCUUGA